AUGAUAGACGAGACGAUGGAUGUACUGUUUACAUACAUAAUGUACAGUACAGGUGUGUUGGCUGUGUUUUGAUCACCGAUUUACAUUACGGGAUUAUCUUUUUUAACUGAAGUUCACUGCCCUGCUGUAUCUACUAAUUAAUACUCUGUGGAGUAAUCCUGAUUAGGUCGGACUACAAUGAACUGGCCAACUUCUCAACCAUGUGGUUCGUGGGAAAAAGUGAGAGUGUUGGGGAGUGGCGGAUUUGGAGCAGUCAUGCUAUGGAAAAACACAGGCAAUAGCCAGGAGAUAGCGCUCAAGGAGUGUCGGUUGCUAGACGACCAGAUAACGGAGAAGAUGCGUCGUCGCUGGACGCUGGAGGUCGACAUCAUGACCCGCCUUCACCACGAAAACGUCGUGUUCGGCAUCAGCCUCCCCGACGACCUCAGGGCGCUGACGUCCGAACUGCCCUUCAUGGCCAUUGAGUACUGCCGUGGUGGUGACCUGAGGAGGGUGUUAAUCAAACCAGAGAACUGCUGCGGGCUUCAGUGGAAAGAGGCAUUGCGCAUCGCUACUCACAUCUCUGCUGCCGUCGAUUACCUUCACAGCUGUCGAAUCGUCCACAGAGACUUGAAGCCAGAAAACAUAGUUCUGCAGACGAGUGGUGAAGGCUUCAUGUACAAGCUGAUUGACCUUGGGUAUGCGAAGGAACUGGACCAGGGCAGCAUCUGCAACUCGUUCGUGGGCACGCUGCACUACCUUGCCCCGGAGUUGAUGUCCGGUCAGAAAUACACAUGCACCGUCGACUACUGGAGUCUCGGCUUGACCGUGUUUGAGACAGUCACGGGCAAGCGUCCGUUCCUCUGCAACCUCUCACCGGUCCAGGUGCUCAGCACGAUCGCACAGAAGCGCCGCGAGCACAUCUGCGCCUACCAGGACGUCGCCGGCGAGGUCGUCUUCAGCGAGCGGCUGUGUUACGCGCACCGGCUGCCGCCGCGAGCGCAGCGACGCGUCGAGGCGUGGCUCGCUCUCAUGCUGGACGUCGACCCGGCGACGCGCGGGGGCGGCGUCGGCGACGACGGCCGCCGACGGUGCUUCCCCCUGCUGGCGGAGGUUGCCGGCGUGCGCGUGGCGCGGGUGCGGGAUCUCGGCAGCGGCGCGGCGUGGGAGUACGAGGUCGACGAGGGGACGACGCUCACGCAGCUGCGAGCGUGGAUAGCGCGCGACGCGGGCGCGUGCGGCGACGCGCGCCGGCUCCUGCUGUUGCCCGGCGGGAGGCGCGUGCGCGAUGAUGCGAACGUCGGCGAACUCUGCACGACGCUGCACGACGACCGGACGCUCUUCCUCCUUCCCGCCGACUUCCCCGAGGAGCGCCUUCCGGCGACGGCGGCGCCGCGCAUCCCGGAGCCGGUUGCCGCGGCGACGGACGACGCGGCGACGCCGCUGCGGUACAGCGACGCGAAGCGGUGCUGGACGCACGCCGUGAUGUUCUGCCAGGGGAGGGUCGACGACUACGCAGAGAUGGCGGCCGGAGAGGGUGCCGCCGUCGCCGACCUCGCCAGCGUGGGUGCGGCGUUCGCGCACGACCUCAGGGAGGUCGUGGAGGGCGCGACGGUGCUGCGGACGCUGCUGCGCGUGUUCUGUGCUGCGGCGCAGGCUGACGUGGGGGCGUGCCGGCGGGCGUGCGGCGACGCCGGCCCGGCCGCCGCGUGGGAGGCGGCGAUGCUCGCCACGCAGCCGUUCACCGCGCUUGUGGACCGAGCAAACGACCUCCACCGCCGCGCCGCCGCGCUGGACGAGCGCCACUGCAUGCUCCGGCAGAUGGCGCCGCAGUGGCAGAGCCACCUGGCGGCGCUCACAGCAAUCAAGGGCGCGGCGGCGGAGGCGUACGAGCGGCUGCGGGGCGUGCCGCGGGAGCAGCGCGCUGCGCGCUCGAUGGACGCGCGCGACGCGGCGCGAGUCGUCGCCGCGUGCGCCGACAGGUGGCGCCACUGCGUCGACGAGCUUCGCGCGCACCUGUCGCGCGUCGCCGCGUGCGGGCGCGGCGUGCGGGAUGCGCGGCCGCAGCUGGAGGCGACGCGGCGCGACCUGGCGGCUGCCUGCAGCACCCUCGACGCUCGCCAGCGCGAGCGGCAGCGCGACAUCUGGGACCUCGUCACACGCUGCAUCUCUACCGCCGCCGCUCCCCGACCGUCCGGCGGGCUGUCGAACGGAGUCGCCGACACGGCGACUCGGGGAAGCGAAGGCGACCUCUCUGUGCAGGGCGGGCGCUCUGCGCAGGGAAAGCAGCGGCGCGGUAUCGAGGAUUUGAGAACCGACGUGGAUUCGGGGAGCGCGACGCCGGAUGCGUUCUUCGCGCAUGGAACCAGGGAGGUGUCGACGACGCUGGCGUGCAGCGAGACAGCUCACACGGAGCUGGAGAAGAUGUUCGUGCAGCUGCAGGUGAAUAAGGAGCGGUCAGAGGAGUGCGACUGGAGCUUCAUGAACCAGCAACACAAGUAGCUGCUGUGAGGGAGGGGGAAGGAAUACAUGAACUAGCAACACAAGUAGCUGUUGUGUUGUGUUGGGGAGGGGAAAGGAAUCCAUGAACUAGCAACACAAGUAGCUGUUGUGUCAUCGGGAAGGAGGAAAGAAUACAUGAACUAGCAACACAAGUAGCUGUCGUGUUGUGUCGGGGAGGGGGAAAUAAUACAUGAACCAUCAACACAAGUAGAUGUUUAGUUGUUGGAAGGGGGAGCCUCGAUCCGUUGUUGGUUGAGAAAAUAUUCUGGGCUUUCAAUUGUUUGAUGAUUAUCCUGAUGGAUCAAGUGGGAUUUUUACAGUGACGUCAACUGCAUUAUUUAGACGGAUUAUAGUAAAUGAAUUUGACAUUCCAAACAUUUUCACUGCUCAGAUAUUGAGCCGCAGGGUGAUAUUAAAUAUUUUAUUUAGCAGUUUAAAAUUUACUCAAAUGUAAAUAAAUAAAUAUGUAGGUACAUAUAUGAUGUAUAUAAUAUAUAACUAGCAAAAUUGGCAUUCAAUAAUAGAGAAUACAAAGAAUGCAUGUGAUUUCUUUAACAGUUUAAUAACAUUAUUAAAUGAAAGAACUGGUUGGGAAAUUGCUACAUUUUAAAAGUUGGGUCUUGAGUAUGAUAUCUGUUUAAAAUUAAGAAAUGUAUAUUGAUAUUUUAUUGCUUUGAUAUGAAGUACUGAGUGCGACAAAGUAAGAUUGUAUACAAUCAAGAUUAUGGCGUGCUUUCAUAUUGUGCGUUUAACGCUAUACCGUCUCAUGUGACUGCAUACUAGUUAUUUACUAACGUCAAUGCUGGCAUUGCUAAUGUUUUAUCCUGGUUAUUUUAUAUUAGUAAGUGGUCAAAAUAGGUGUGAUUUUAAAGCUUGACCAUUCUGCUUGUAAAUAAUGUGAUUAAGAAAUUAAACUUGUUUUCACUGUA